AUGGCAAAAAAGAAACUAACGGAGGAAGAACUGCUGAUUGCAUUCGAUCGAUACAUGCCCAAACGCCACGUUUAUCCGCCGCUGGUCGAGGACGGCGAUGUGCUCUCCAACGCAAACACCGAGUCAGAAGGGAGCGACGAUGAAAAAGUGGAAGUGACGUUAGUUUCAGUUUCAGUUUUCUUAAAUGUUUAGUAUUUAAAUAAAAAAAUGUGUUUGAGAGCAGAUUCUCUAGUCUCGAUUGCUCAAAACCUUUUUUGCAGUGAUCAGAUGGUCUUGUUCAUGGAGUUCGCAGCUUCCAUGACUCCGGAAUGCAAGAAAGCGUGGCAAGGAUUUCAGUGCAAAUUGCCGGAGAAGUACGUGACGGAUAACGUCCGUAUGGUGCUGGAAAGUGCGCUCAACAAACUGAUCAACCUCAAAACGAAGCCGAAGAACCCGAUCGAGUGGCUUGGAUUCCAAUUGCUGAACAUGAACGUUCAGAGAGAGUCGCACCAGAAAAGAAGAAAGACCAGCGGCGACCACUUGGUGAAGCCAAUGGGCGAUCAGAGAGACUUCACGCUCAACCUUUUCAUGGAGAUUCUGGACUAUUCGGAGAGCCGUGAGCCUGUGAUUCCGAUGUUCCAUCUGCCAGUCGACUCGGUCAUCAAACGUGCUCCUCCGGCGCCGAAAAGAAAGCACCCGACAACUUCAUAG